AUGGUGCUGGAGCAUCCUGGUCCCAGCCGCCCCCCGCCAGCCACCCCAGCCCCGCUGAGGCUCCCGGCACUGAACCUGCACCUGGUGCUCUGUGGCGUGGGGGCUCUUGCCAGACCCCCGGGGGUUCUGCUGCUGGUUGGACUGGCCUGGGUCACCACACCAUGGGGACAGAGGAAGGCGGCCCAGAAAGGUCACUGCCUGGGAAAGGUGUCAGAAGCCAAGAAACGGGCUUGGAAUGGAAAGUGUGAGCCAGGCUGGAACGCAGGGGCAGCCAGAAGCGUCUUGCUCCAGCCUCUCCGUGCUCACGGUUUCCAUCUGCACCAUGUCACCUGCCACUGGUGUCACUCCUCACAGCUGCUCUCUGCUCUCUGCAGGGUUGUGGAGGCCAGCACCCUUCAGCAGGAGAGGCUGCAGGCCAUCGCGGAGAAGCGGAAGCGUCAGACGGAGAUCGAGAACAAAAGGCGGCAGCUCGAGGAUGACAGGCGGCAGCUGCAGCAUCUCAAGUCCAAGGCUCUGCGGGAGAGAUGGCUCCUGGAGGGGGCUCCAGCUUCUGCCUCCGAGGAGGAAGAGGCCAUGAAGAAACAGAUGCAGGAGGAUGAAGUGAAGACCAAGGAGCUGGAGGAAACCAUCCAGAGGCUGGAGAAGGAGCUGGAGACGCUGGAGAACAGCAGCUCAGUGGCUUCGACCAAGGAGAACCUGGCAGAGGCAGCAGCCAAGGAGGAGAAGGCUGAGGCUGUCCCCAAUGCGCAGAAGAGUCCCCUGGGCACAGUUAAGGCUGACAAGAGGGUCUCCAGCAGCCCCAUGAAGGCAGUGGAAGGCAGUGACAUGAUGAAGGCGGCCAUGUACUCGGUGGAAAUCACAGUGGAGAAGGACAGAGUGACUGGGGAGACCAAGGUCCUGUCCAGCACCACCAUGCUCCCCCAGAACCACUGUCUGCAGGGGGUCAAAGUGUACGAGGAUGAACUGAAAGUGGUGCAUGCGGUGAGUGCCGAGGACGGGGCCCUGCAGAACGGAGCCCACCCCCUCAGCUCCUCCGAGGUCGACGAGCUCCUGCACAAGGCAGAUGAGGCCACUCUGAGUGAGGCUGCCGGGCACCAGACCCCAGCCAAGGCUGGCAAAGGGGGUGGCAGCGCCCCGGGCAGCCAGAAGCCAACACCGCGGCGGGAGAUCACAGGGCUGCAAGCCAAGGUGCCAACGGGCGAGGGGACAGAGCCCAGCCAGGAGCAACCCGUCACCAUGAUCUUCAUGGGCUACCAGAACGUGGAGGAUGAGAACGAGACCAAGAAGGUGCUGGGGCUGGAGGGCACCAUCAAGGCAGAGCUGGUGGUGAUUGAGGAUGCCGAGAGCAAGCCGGAGCCGGCACACAAGGACCACGCACCGCCCAACGGCACCGCGCUGGAGCCGGCGGCUGCCCAGCCGCUGGGCGAGGAGGGUGCGGGCGGGCAGAAGCUGGGUGCCAACGCCACAGAUGCCAAGGAGGCCGAGCAGGAGACAGAUGCGAAGAAGCAGCGCUGCAAGUGCUGCACGGUGAUGUGA